UACCGGAACUAGCAUGCAUAAUGUUAUGAUCACAUGAUUUAAAUAUGGCGGAGGGACAUGGGAUCCGUGAGAAUGGGGAAAACGAUGACCAGCCACCGAGUUCAGCGAAUAUUUCUGGACAGAAUGGAGAUAUAUCACUCGAUAUAAUGGUUGAUGCUUAUGCUCAAGAGUAUCAAAAUCUUGACCAAACUAUGGAUGAGAUAGAUUCAUGGAUGACUAAAUUGGAACAACAGAAUGAUAGUUUAAACGCCCAGUUAGAUGAUUUGCUAGAGUCAAGUCGCCAGGCUCGGAAAGAACUACAAGAACAGAACAAAAGUGUGGUAGUAAAUGACAUAGAAAUGGAUGAUGAAGAAUGUAAGACGGAGAAUGAUUUAAACAUUGCCGGAGAUGUUUCUCAAAGUGCUACUAGUGAUAUACAAAAUAACACAGAUGAUGUGAAAAAUUCUGAUAAUUGUUUGAUUAAAGAUGAAGAAAAUGAUUGAUGAAAGUUAAGACAAUAGACUACUAGUCAUUUGUAACUUUGAAUAUCCAGAUUCCAGAGUAAUUUUAGAUUCUAUUAAAUUCAUUAUUAUUAACUAUGCUAGUCCUUGAAGUCACAUAGCAAGAAUUGUAUAAACAGAGAAUUAGUGAAUUCUUUCAGUUUUAUAAUUUCAUAAAAUUGAAUUAAUGUAAUGUAUUUAUAAGUUACUGCUGUUUAUUCGUAACAAUCAAAUGAUAGGGUUACGGGGAUCAGUUGAAUUUCAGUUAAUGAAAAUAUAUUUACAUAAUACACACAAUAGGUGAAGUAUUUAUCACAUUAUUCUACAUCUCUGACAUGCUAGGGGUUAUCAUAAUUUUCUUAUACCACCUGUUUAAAGUAAGGCCAGCAUUAUUAUCUAUACAGUAUAACUAAAAUGUAGCGCUUGCCGAGGGCAAAGUGGUUAAUAAGAUUGUUGACUACAAACCUUUUGCCCCUCACCUCUGUGGGUUCGAAUCCAGCCAGGAACUCUGGACUCUUUUAUGUGGAAUGUUAAUAGUUUUACUCAGGUGCCGGUUUAUACCUAAAAUAAUGUACCAAGGGACCCUGAGGUUUUCCUUUAACAGUUAAGCGGGAGGGCUUUACAAUCAAAUGUGUUUACUAAGUAAACCUUAGUAAAAAUAGUAACAUGAAAAAAACAAUCACAACCCUUUGUAAGGACAUCUGUGUUUUAUUCUGUGGACAUGAUUCUAUCAUUGUAUUAAUUAAUGAUAUAUUUAUAUGUUGAAGAAUAAUAUAGCAUUCCAUGAUGAUAUUCAAAAUUAUAAUUACAUUCCAAAGUUGAGUAAAUCAUGUAUAUUUUUAACUUGUCUUAGGUAAAAUUUAUCUUGUGAGAAAAAAAGAACUUAAUUAGUAGCCUGUAGAUUAAUAAUUUUGAAGCACAAAUUGUUGAUAAUUUACCUUCAUGCAUUUUCCAUGGAGUAUAAGCCAAAUAUAUGAAUUUUGAGACAAAACUAGGUCACUGUAUAGCGGCCAAUUAGAACGCAAAAACCUGAGACAAUACAAAUAGGUGGUAGCCCUGAAAAGGGCUGUCAUGCCAGCAAAGGACCUGCCUUUCAAGCUGUUACGCUCAAACUCUGUUUGGAGAUCUUGCACUCUAGCACUCUUUCCUCAUCAUCCCUCUCAAGCUCUUUAAAUCUUCUGCCAUGCCCUGUGCCUUCUCAACAAGGUGUAAUUACCAAGGGAAAGUGUGAAGUCUAAUUUCUUGAAUUUGUACUGUAAUUUUGUAAUGUAAGAAUAGAUAUGCCAUUCACUGUUUAGUGUUAUUUCACAUUUGCUCUCUAUGAUGAACAGUUGUUGAAAUUAUAUACAAAAACUGUAUGUAUUAUUUAUAGUAAUUAAUUAUACAGGUCUUUGACUUUUAUAUUAGCUUACAUGUAAAAGAUAUUGUAGUAAAAUUCAAAUAUU